AUGUCUACACCUCAAGAAAAUGCUUCCCUAAUGCAUAGCCAACUCGAGCCAGAGCUCGAGGAUCAAGGAUGUGGUUGCUUUCGAAGUUUUCGAGCAUUUACCCACAAACAUGCACCCAACGAUGUUGAUCGAGUGCGUCUACUGCCCCGCGACAGGCGAGAAGAAACGGAGUCAUGGGUGGUAAGACAAGUAAAGAAGUUGAGGGAAGUGUCUGAGUUAGUGGCUGGACCUAAGUGGAAGAAUUUCAUUAGAAAGAUGGGUUCUUACUUUAGUGAUAAUAAGAAGAGGAAGGAUUUUCAAUAUGAUUCUUUUAAUUAUACUCUUAAUUUCGAUGAUGGUAACCAUGAUAAUGAUGAUCAACAUGGUGUUAAUCUUGGCUUCUCGUCCAGGUUUGCUCCCCCAGUGCUUAAUGACAAGCCUAGAUCGUCUACUACAUAG